AUGCCUUCUGCUACAUCAACAACAACAUCUACCUUUCCUUCCAGAUCAACUACUCCGAAAUUACGUCCCAAGAGCUCGUCGCGCGCUCUCCGGAGAUCUCACAACAUCGUUUCGACUCCUAAUCUUAAGUCCGCAUAUACUACACAUUCGCGCGGCGCGCCCCCUCUACCGCCUCUGCCGCGCAAAGCUUCCUUUGCCCAGCUCACGCAGAGCUCACUGGCCAGCAUACCCGAUGUUUCAGAGAGUUACGCCUUUAAUACUGUCCUGAGCGACUCAUCUGUAAACAUGAUGCCUCCUACGACGCCCGGCCGUUCGCAGUCUGCUAACGUUUCGCUCGGGGACAUCGUUGAUGUUCCUGGUGGGAUGUAUGGCGUUGUGCGAUUUGUUGGUCCUGUCCAAGGCAAAAAGGGUGUUUUUGCCGGCGUUGAGCUUGACGAGGAAUUUGCUAAUCGGGGCAAAAACGACGGCGAUGUUGACGGUGUAUCGUAUUUUCAAACAGAUAUCCCCGGUGCUGGCAUCUUCUUGCCUGCAGCCAAGGCUCUCCCUCGCAGCAACGAACCGAUCCCAUCAUUCCCCUUCACACCUAGUGCAAGCACGUAUGGUGGUCUUCGAGCUGGCAACCAAAACUCGCUUAACUGCACUUCCCCGACUCCAAGCCUUCCAAAGUUCAGUGCUUCCGUUGGACCUGGUGCCCGAGCUCCUAGUCCUCAAGGAAAGAAAACGAGGGUUUCUCUUCCCCGACCCGAGUCUCCUGUUCGUCGCAUGCAGAUGACACCUGGACCCCGACCUUCCAUGACAACACCAGGUAGAACUCCUUCUAGAUAUGGAAGCCCGACACAAAACCGCUUCGCUCAGAGCGUUCGUGGGACGUCUGGUGACCCAAGCAAGAGGCCAAAUCGAUUGGAUCGCAAGCCUAGUCUCGCACCACGAAGCGCCUCAGCCAUGGGCCCAAUCACAGGUAUAGAAGAGGAUGUACCACCCAUGGGAUUACAGCGGACUGGCACUAACGGCAGCGCUGGAUCUGUCUCAUCGUUCGCUAUGAAGAUCCGACCAGCUUCCCGUAUGAAUAUGAACGACGAGGAAAUUGAACGCCUGAGAUUGCAGAUUGAGGAUCGGGAUCGACAACUUAGAGAGCAAUCCGCCACCUUGGCUGACAUGGAGAGCAGCUUGGUAGAACUACAAAGUCUCAUGGAAUCAGCAGAUAUGCCCGAUGCGCAGGGCAACAGUUGGGAUAACAAGGAUACAGCACAGCUUCGUCAGCUGUUGAGAGAGAAGAACGACAAGAUCGCCAUGCUCACAGCAGAGUUUGACGCUCAUCGGGCAGACUUCCGGAGCACUAUUGACACACUGGAGCUUGCUAGCACCGAGACAGAGCGAGUGUAUGAGAAGAGGAUAGAAGAGUUAAUGAGUGACGUUCGAGAACUCGAGUCGCGGAACCUAGACGUCGACUCAGUGGCGACUCAACUUAAGCAACUAGAGGAACUGGUUCAGGAGCUCGAGGAAGGUCUGGAGGACGCUCGCCGAGGAGAAGCAGAAGCCCGAGGCGAAGUCGAAUUCCUCCGUGGAGAGGUAGAACGAACAAGGACAGAGUUGCGCCGUGAGCGCGAAAAGGCUUCGAUGCCACCUGCAAACGGUGAUAAUGGAGUUUCCUCCAAGGAGCUUGAGCAGAAGGACGAUGAGAUUAGAGGUCUCAAAGCCAUCAUUCACUCCCUCAGUCGAGACUCUGUUCCCGGAGAGCCCAGGCCUCCUCAGCAGCGGCCUGGUUCUAUGAUUUCUGAAGACGUGGUGGCCAUUAAGAUUGCACGCGACAAUCUGGAGCGACAGGUCGCUGAGCUUCAGUCUAUCCUCGAAAAGAAGAACAGCCGCGAGGACGAACUCGAGAAGGAGGUGGAGUCACUCCGUCAAAACGGUACCACAGCCAACGGUACCACAGCCAACGGUACCACAGCCAACGGUACCACAACCAACGGUACCACGGCCAACCGAUCCUCUUUCAGAGACUCCCGGGACACCGUUGUAAUGUCACAGGCAUUGGAAAACAGGCCGGUUGAGAGCAUCAAGCGGUUCAGUGCUCCUACACACAAGCGGGUCAGCACCCUUGAUACCAUGCCAGAAAGCGACGAUUACUCCAACGCUACUGAGACCAGCACUCUUUGGUGUGAGAUUUGCGAGACUAGCGGUCACGAUAUCCUCACAUGCACCAACAUGUUUGGCCCUGACGGUGCCAAGAGCAACGGUGAGAACAAGACAGUUGAGAAGGACAUCAACAAUGGAUUCAUACCAUAUACUCCACCCCCAACCGGCGAGGACGCACCUGCGCCUCUCACAACUUUGGGGCCCAAGAAGGAUGACCCUCCUUCGCCAGCCGUCAAGAUCAUGCCCAACCCUAUGGAUUCAGGUCCCGUUGCCGGCAAGGAGAGCGGUGUCAUGGACCCCGAUAAGUGGUGCGCCCUCUGCGAACGCGAUGGUCAUGACAGCGUCGACUGCCCUUUCGAGGACGCCUUUUAA